CGAGUUCAGCAAUUCCAGCGCAGAAACAGUCCCCAGGAGAGAGCACGCUAGAGCUGCAGGAUCCUGCCCUCAGCUUCAAUCCCAAAUGUAUGUUGUUCCUCUUUAAAGAAACAAAACAGCAAACAAAAAACAAACAGAAAACAGGUAAACAGAAAACUGAGUUGGAGGCUAUGUAAAAGCCGUGUGCAAAGCGUAGGUAAAUCUGUGGGGUAAACAAAUGGUAAAAAGCCCGCACUGAGUAGGGAAAAAAAUUGCUCAUAUCAUGCAAGGUCAGUCACAGCCUGGAAUGAACCUGCAAGAGGCCAAAGAGGUACCAGCUGGAGCUGAAGUGUUCAAAAUGGAGCUACCUGCAUGUGCAUGGUUAUAAAUCGUAAGGCAAGAGUUAAAGUGCUCCUGUCCCUGAACAGAAACAGAACAUAAACUGAAGCUGGGCCUGGGCAGUGAGGCUGAGGAUGCACCGGGAUGGGACAUCAGUUCACCCUGGGGUGCCCGUUGGUGUGGGGAGCACCCAGAGCCCUGCGGGGACCUCGCUGGAGGGUUCACCUGGCCCACGGUCCUUGCGCAGGCAGGAGGAGUCAGGGCUGAGGCACUCGGGGUACCCAGCACAUCUUUGCUCGUCUUUGUCCCCCUGAAUCUUGCUCACCGGGAAUGGGCGCUUUAGCAGGAGUGCCACCACUUGCACUUGGUUGUGUGGGGUGAGGUGCAGCCGUGUGUCCAGCAUCUCUCUUGUGCCGGUCCACAAGGCACGGUCCAGCAAAUCCCUCAGUAGUCCCCACUGCUGAUGCUUGCUGUUGAUACACUGUCAUUAUUUUUUCUUUAAAUAAUUAGCCCCGUGAUCAUCAGGUUUGGUGCUUUCUAGUGAUGCUUCAGAGGAUCCCAAAGCAAUGUGUAAGCUGGAAGUCCUCUUGUAAACAAAGUGCCUUUCUGCACCAGCUGGCAAAGCUUUUGGGAGUAUGUUUGGUAUCUUCGAAUAAGUGGGAAAGCCCACUUAUGGCAGAAAUGAUUAUCUUUUUUCUGCCCCCUCCUGGCCUCUUGCUGUAUGGAGAAGCUGCUGCUUGUGCUGCCUUGUGAGCACAGAGGUAGGUUUUCUUCUGCCGAGGACUUGAAGCGUGGUGGUUUCCUGCAGUGAGAGUUCAAAACAUCAGGGCCUUUAAAGAAAACACGUCAGGGUCAUUCCUACUGUUCAAAUCAGGUCUUGCACAAUCUUCUCCCCAAAGGGCACAUUUUGCAAUGAGAAGUUUAUGUAAAGCAGCAGGCCACGGGGUUUUGACUUGAAGCACAGUUUCUGAGGCAACUUUCAACUUUGAGCAUUGAUGGCAAAUGCUUUGGCUCCUGCCCCAUCUGAUCUUCAAAAUGAGCGCUUAAGGCUUUUGCCACCGAACAUGAAGUGUCAUGUUGCUGCGAUUUAAGAGGUUGUUCAGUCUCAGCAGAUCUGAUCCUGCUCCCCGUGCAGCAGACCGAGCCACCGAGCCGUGCAGCUUCUGGCCGAGGAGCCGCUGAGUGACACCUUGUUCCCUGGAGAGAGACUGCACUGCGUUCAGUGUCCCUGGCAUCGGCUGCCUGUGAUGUGUGCGGAGCUUUGGGAAACAGCUUGUUUGUCUUGAGAAACUUCUUAUAACAGAGUGGUCCCAGUCACAGAAGGUUUUUCUGCCGUGUUACUGAGCACCAGAUGAGCUUUCACAACCUGCUGCGCUGCCUGGUGCAGGGGGGUCCCUAAGGCCGGUCCAGCAGAGGAGGCUGGGGAGAAGCCGUCGACCUUCCUGAUGAUGGGAAGCCCUGGAAAUGGUGGCAGAGGAGGCAGCUGCUGUCCCCAUGAUGUGCGAGACAGGGCUGAUCGCACCGGAGCCCUCCGGCCCCACGCAGUACUACGGCGAGUCGUCCGACACCUACUACCAGGUGGACCGCUGGCAGCGGCUGCGCACGGCUGUCAGGAAGCUGGAGUUCUGGGAAAACUUCAACGCCGAGCUAAUAGGCAGCGGCUUCUUCUCCAAAGUGUACAAGGUGACCCAGGCUGCUUCUUGUAAAGUGAUGGUGGUGAAGAUCUACAAGAACGACGUGGACCAAGAGGUGAUUGUGCGUGAGAUCAGCCUGCUGCAGAAGCUGUCCCACCCCAACAUCGUCAGGUGGGCACAUCCUUCAGCCACGAGCAGUGGGCACUGGCUGGCAGGGGCUGGAGUUGGUGUCUCUAAGGCAGUUCUUCAAUGGAGAAUAGAGUAUGUGAAUGGGGGUUGCCUGGAGGAGCUCCUGGCCUGCAAAGACAUUGCUUUGAUGUGGAAGGAAAAAGUGGACUUAGCUUCGGACAUCACCAGAGGAAUGAUCUACCUGCACUCCAAGAAUAUCUACCACCGAGAUCUCAACUCCAAGAACUGCCUCAUCCGCCUGACUCCGCGGAGCCGCGAGGCGCUGGUGACGGACUUCGGGCUGGCUAGGGAGGUGACGGAGCUGCCUGUGAAGGAUGUGGAGAGGAAGCUGUCUCUGGUGGGCUCUGCUUUCUGGAUGGCUCCUGAGAUGCUUCGGGGAGAGCCCUAUGACCGGAAGGUGGAUGUGUUUUCCUUUGGCAUUGUCCUCUGUGAAACCCUGGGCAGGAUCCCAGCUGACCCUGAAGUGCUUCCCAGGACUAAGGAUUAUGGUUUGGAUGUUGCUGCCUUCCAAGGGAUGAUCAGUGAAUGCCCCAAGCGGCUGAUGGACCUCGCUGCCAGCUGCUGUCGGGUAGAAGCAUUUAAGAGACCGUCUUUCUCCGAAAUCCUGGAGGAGCUGGAGGAUGUGGCGGAGAGCCUGGAGCCUUGGAGGGACAAUCAGCUUUCAGGCUGAGCUGCCUGCCUCCUGUGAGGCUGGGCAGAGAAUCACUCAAACUGUAAAUGAACUGCCUGGGGGGUCAGGAGUGAAGAAGGAAAGCGGGGAAGGGAAAAGCUAAGCCAUGCACUCAUGUUUAUUUAAUCAUGGUCUCGGUAUUUGAUUUCUUGGAUGAAAAACAUGGUUAAAAUGAAAAAGGGACUUAGCAAGGGUAUCUUUUUCCUAGGUAAGAUUUUUAACCGAUGUAAUUAGGACACUGAUCAACCUUUGUCUGUUUGCUUGUUGAAAGCAAAUGACUCUGGAGGCACCUGAAUUCCCUUGCGGAUGCUUUCCAAAUUCCUGACAGAAACAUCAUGCUCUCCUGCUUCCCCAUGCCCCCCAGACCCAGGGUCUUCCCUUCUCCAUCCUCAUGGCCUAGGGGAAUCACCUCUUGGGGGGCUGGAGUCUGUGCAGUGUGAAGGAGACGGGCUUUGGGGCACGUGGUGAGCCUCAGAGUCACCUCAUAUUUCAAAGCCUUAAGGCACAGUCUGGCAGCCUUUCAGGAGCAGGUGUGCUCUGUGAGGGCUCUGGCGGGGUCUCCUGGCAUUGCGCUGGGUGCACCCGGGCUCAGAGGCAGCCAGCAAGAUUUCAGAGCCCGCUGGGGCCACCGAGGGGUGCCAACCUGCACGGGCCGAGACGAUGGGUCGGUGUGCCUUAUUGUGGUGCAAACUAACUGACUAAUAUUUCCUCUCCAAAAAGCUUUGUCAGACACACGUCCCAGCAUCACGGCAGUCUGGAUUUCUCCCUGCCACGCUCAACCAGGCUCAAAGACGAGCACACUGCCAGCAGCUUGUGAGACUGACAUGAGGCAGAGCUGGGUCCAGCAUCAUUCAGCAUCUCUCACACUUCUCUGCCUGACCCAGCACCCAUCACCUUCUCAGUGACGUGGGACACCCAUGCCGGCCCCAGGGCUCAGGCUGCCAGGGAAGGACUUGGUUUUGACACCGCGUUUCCUUCUGUGGGCCAGAGGAGGGUGCUGGGGCUGCAGAUCCAAACGCGAGCUGGAAAGAAUAAUAGCUAGAAAUGCUCUGCAUUGCAAGUUAAGAGAAAAAGAUGAGGAGUCAAGUGCCUGCGCCCAGAUCAGCUGAUUGCUAAACCAUUGGUCUGAAAGACAUUUUCUGCUGGGACCAAAAUGUUUGUGGGUGUAAAUAGAUGUAAUGUCUGUAUAGUGGUGGGGCUGUGGCUUUGUUCUUGUAGGCUGUAAGCUCUUGGAGCACAGAUCGUUCAUCUGUCCAACGAAAAGUAUCUGUGCAGUGUUCAGCCCAAUGGGCCUUCAGUCCAUGGCUUUUCUCCCAUACAGGGGUAGACCUGCCUGGGGGCACCAUCUCAAGCUCUUGGAGCUGUAAUUUGGUGUCACAUAUAGCCCAACGUCUUUGUGCUGUGGUGCCUGCACAGAGGGAUGUCAGUGGUGUGCUGGGGCACAGGCAUAGUGGAAGAGCAUGGUGAAUUUUCACCAGGGAUCAUGAGGAAAUGGUACCUGGCAUGAAAUGCAAUAAAUGGCAACAUGGUAAUGAGCUCAGCACACCUCUAGGAAGCACUGUACUGAGCUGCUCUCCAUCAUCUUUGAAAGGUCAUGGAGAACAGGAGAGGUGCCUGAGGACUGGAAGAAAGUCAGAGUCACUCCAGUCUUCAAAAAGGGCAAGAAGGGUGACCCAGGAAGCUACAGGCCAGUCAGCCUCACCUCCAUCCCUGGAAGGGUGGUGGAACAACUCAUUCUGGAUGUCAUCUCCAAGCACAUGGAGAAAGAGAUGGUUAUCAGGAGUAGUCAGCAUGGAUUCACCAAGGGGAAAUCAUGCUUGACCGACCUGACAGCCUUCUGUGGUGGCAUGGCUGGCUGGGGAGAGGAGGGGAGAGCAGUGGGUGUUGUCUGCCUUGACUUGAGCAAAGCUUUUGACACUGUGUCCCACAACAUCCUCACAAGCAAGCUCAGGAACUGUGGGUUGGAUGAGUGGACAGUGAGGUGGAUCAAGAACUGGCUGGACGGCAGAGCUCAGAGGGUUGUGAUCAACGGUGCAGAGUCUGGUCGGAGGUCUGUAGUUAGUGCUGUUCCCCAGGGGUCCAUACUGGGUCCAGUCUUGAUCAACCCGUUCAUCCAUGACUUGGAUGAAGAGACUGAGUGCACCCUCAGCAAGUUUGUGGGUGAUCCCAAACUGGGAGGAAUGGUUGAUGCACCAGAAGGCUGUGCUGCCAUUCAGCGUGAUCGGACAGGCUGGAGGAGUGGGCAGAGAAGAACCUGGUGGGAUUCAACAAAGGCAAGUGCAGGGUCCUGCACCUGGGGAGGAACAACCCCCGGCAGCAGCAGAGGUGAGGGGUGGACCUGCUGGAAAGCAGCUCUGCAGAGAAGGACCUGGGAGUCCUGGUGGACAAGAGGGUGACCAUGGGUCAGCAAUGUGGCCUUGUGGCCAAGGAGGCCAAUGGUACCUGGGGCGCGUGAGGAAGAGUGUGAGCAGCAGGUCAGGGAGGUUGAUCCUCCCCCUCUGCUCUGCCCUGGCGAGGCCACAUCUGGAGUUGUGUCCAGUUCUGGGCUCCCCAGUUUAGGAAGGACAAGGAAUCACUGGAGACAGUCCAGUGGAAGGAUCAAAGAUCCUGAGGGGUCUGGAACAUCUUUCUGAUGAAGAGAGACUGAGGGACCUUAUUGAUGCUGAUGAAUAUCUCCAGGGUGGGUGUCAGAGGAUGGACCAGACUCUGUUCAGUGGUGCCCAACGCCAGGGUGAGGGGCAACGGGCACAGACUGAAACACAGGAGGUUCCAUCUGAACAUGAGCAGAAACUUGUUUGCUGGGAGGUGCCAGAGCCUGGCCCAGGCUGCCCAGAGCGGGUGUGGAGUCUCCUGCUCUGAGACAUUCAGACCUGCCUGGAUGUGAUCCCAUGCAAUCUGCUCUGGUAAACCUGCUUUAGCAGGCAGGUUGAUGGGUUGGACUGUAUGAUCUCCAGACGUCUCUUCCAACCCAAACCCUUCCAUAGUCUCUGAUUCUGUGAUCUGCAGCUCCUCAUUCCCCAGAGGUGCCAUUGCGCAUUUGUGAGUUACUGACUUAUUUGCACAAGAAACCUCCCAUUUAACAGCAAACUGCUCCGCAGACACCUUCAUCCUGGCUGGAUACUGCCAAUGGGGGAAGCAACGCCUUGAGAAGUAGAAGACUGAAAAUAAGGGAAGAUUUUCAACCCAGAGGAAAGAGAGUGGCCACUUUUUGCCUUGCACCAGUUGGUGGACUUCAGACCAGUGGAGUGAAAUGAACUGAACAAAUGGCAUUGAUAUAUGUGUGUGUCUUCAGUGAGAGGCAGCAACCACCAGCAUCACAGAGAUGUGUUGGACAAAAAUCACAGGGUAUAUAUUUGGCUCCCAGGAGAUGGACCUGAGGAGCCAACUGCAACCUCACAAGGCUUCCCAGGCUCCUCUGGGCUCUUCAUCCAUAGAGGAAUAGUCUUGAGAACGAGGAAUCCAACAGUGUGUCCAAACACCCCGAGCGUUAAGGAUAUGAAGCCUUUUCCAAAGGCCACUAUGGAUGAAGCCAUCCACCUUGGCUUAGUCCCUGGCUAGAUGCAUUGCUUUCACAAAGCCUUUCACCAGCCUUCCCCGUGCUGCCUGGUCUGCCAAGCUGGGUUUUGUUCUUCUGCCUCCCCUGCACAGGAAUAGACUAAAGGAAGACCUCUCAACAUAGUGAUCCCUCAAAUAGCCUGGUAUGGGGCGAAGGUGUCUUGUUCCAGGUCACUUCCCUGCAGGGCUGCUACUCUCCUGGCCACCCCGUUCCCAGGAGCAGCAUGGCUGGUACUGCUGGUGCCCCACUGCAGACAGGGCUGGUCCUUCCCCAGCUGGACAUCUGACUCUGGUCAAGCAGAGCAACAACUGUGGGGCUGGGACACAGUAGGAUGUGUGUGGAGUUGUGUAUACUUUGGUGAUGCUGUGGUAUGAAGAAAGAUAUUUUGGUUUUGUUUAUCUGCCAGGGGCUAAGAAGCCUGCUUAAGGAUUAAACAGAUCCAGAGGGGGUGGAUAUCAUCUGCACAGAGAAUAGCAUUAGCCAGCAUGGUCUGAGCUGUGAUGGAUCAGAACUGUGUUUCUUCUGGGCUGCUUGUGUGCCCCAUCCACUUUCAUGCUGAGGCCACAUGCUGGAUCACAGGAGAAUGAAAGCUGUCACAUCUUUGCAAGAAGUUCCUGCUGUAGGGGCAGAUGACACCAUCUGCAAGACACCAUGUGAACUGGAAAAGCCAAUGUUGGGAGCCUGCAGAGAACAGAAGAGGUCUGGGAAUUUGUCUUGUACAUCUCAUGAGUGAAGAGUUUCCCUUCACUGGUAAGAGCUGGAGGGAGAGGCAAGCAUGGGAAACCUGCUGAGAUGCCCUCCAGGAAUGAGCCCCUGUGCUGGGCUUCCCAACACCAGUCUCAUGCAAAGUUGAGGUCAGUGGUUGGAUUUCAUGUCUUGGAGUCCUGGCACUGAACUGAAGCAACUCUGACGGUGGGUGGAGGGUCUGGGCCGUGCAGCAGGUUUGCCUUUGCUGGACCUCACCAGGAGCUGCUUUGUCUGACUCUCUUCUCUCUGUAGACCACUUGCUCUGCAGAUGCCUACAGCAUGGACCUGGCCAUGCUGCACCACACAGGCCAUGCACUCUUGUGUCCUCCAUUGUAUCUUUGUUUGUUUGUUUUUAUAAAUGCCAUUUGGAAAUAAAGUCUAUUGGUUCUUUUCCACAUCA